AUGAGGGGAUGCCUCACGUGUCGUCUACGCCAUCUGAAAUGUGAUAAAUCCGGUUCGAAAUGUCUCCGCUGUCAACGAUCUGGCCGCGAAUGUGUGCCGGCUCCUGGCAAGUCAGAAGAAGUGUCGUUUCGACAUGGCCAAAAUCCAUCGCUGCGAGGGAAGGGCCCUCCGAGAUAUGGCGAGAGUGAUCUUGCCUUUCCGGACGAUCAGGUCUGGGUUGAGACUUCUUCCGAGUUCGACUUCAAGGAUGAAACAGAUCAGACCGCGGCUGAAUAUUAUGUUGUACCUGUAGCAAGGCAACAAUCAGCGUCAAGAUCAUCCUCUGAGGGUCGUUCGACGCCUUCGUCUGCAGUGGAUUCAGCUAUGGCGACCCCAAACCUGGUCAUCCCUUAUUCGCAACUUGGCUCGCGGUCCAAUUCAGCAACCUCGCAUUCAUCGACACCUACCCCUGACAAUCAGCCAAAACUAACCAACAUCACCGAGGCGUAUCUACUGCGCCAUUUUCAGAAGCACCUUGCACCAUGGCUCGACGCAUGCGACCCUCGCCGACACUUUUCAACCGAUGUAGUCGAACGCGCGACCACAUCAUCUCUACUUUUAUACGCAUGCCUAGCAGUAUCAGCCUGCCACCUAUCCCGAACGACAAACACCAUCCCAGCAGACCUCGAAGACAUGUAUCAUGAACGCUGCAUCUCAAUCAUGCUCCCAGUCCUUGACAGAUCGGAGUCCGAAAUCGGCAUCGACAUCCUCAUCUCAUCAACAGUAAUGCUCCGCUUCUUCGAGCAAGUCUCCUCAUGCAACCCCUCGAACGACCACCAACGCCACCUCCUAGCGGGCUCAGUCUAUAUAAGCUCUCACGUCGACUGCGCAAUAUCUGGCGGCUUAGCAACAGCCUCCUUCUGGCUCUUCGUCAUCCAAGACAUCCAGUUCGCACUUACGUACCAGAAAUGCCUUCGGCUCACCUUCGCCCCGUUCGACGACGUUCUCCGCCGGUGGUGGGUCGCCAAGCCCGUCCUGAGCGACGGAGACUGGACUAAUCGCGCGAUUUGGCUGUUGGCCGAGACUGUGGAUUUCUGCUGGAAUGUCUCGGGCCGAAAUUACGGGGGCCGACUUGGCUCCGUUGGUGAGAUGGCUCUGAGACAGAGGAUUCGUGAGUGGGAGGCUGGGAGGCCGGAUUCUUUUGCGCCUUUGCAUGUUUCGCCGCCGGAUCGUGCUACAGGGAAGCCUUUUCCUGUUGCUUGGUUUACUAGUUCUUGGCAUGCUUCUGCUAUACAGCAUGUCUGCCUUGCCAAGGCAUUGAUGUCGAUUCGCGAAUUGGAGGGUUGGGCACCGAGCAUGAGACAUUUGGAGCAGCCUGUCAGGUUGAAGAAUGAAAUCAUCGAAAACCUCUAUUUCAUUUUCGGAAUCGCCCUCUCUGCCGACGAUGAUCCUCCCCUACGAAUCACAGCUUCCCACGUCCUCCGUGCUUGCGGCUCAUGGAUCGAUGACCCUCUCGCCCAAAACCUGAUCUUCGACCUUCUCCAACGCAUAGAAAGGGAAAAUGGCUGGCCGUUAGCUCAUGUACGAGAAAAGGUCGUCGGAUACUGGCGACGAGGAUAG